CCAUAGAAACGUCAAUUUUAUUUCUUUUAUAAACCACUGCACUCUCCAAAACCUUCACUAAAAUCAUAACCAAAUCAUGCCCAAGAAGAUUAAAAAAUCUCUCAAACAUUACAUAUCCAAGAUCAAGAACACUUCUCACCCACAAAUUCAUUUAGUACCCUCCAAGAAAUGGGUUCUCUCAAGUUGCAAGCAUCCAAGGACACCUUCUUUUGCCUUGGAAAACAAGAAAAAAGACACCAACAAAGAUGAAGAAGCGACCCUAGCAGAUGUGGAUCGCUUCCUCUUCGAAAAUUUCAAGUCACUUUACUUGAAAGACGACGAUGAAGAAGCUACCACUGCCACAACCGCCACAAAAAAUAAGGAGCAUAAUAAAUCUAAAAAGGUGGCGGAAGAAAAAAGCUAUGAUGAUGAACACAAAGGUAUAAAAGUAGGAUCUUCUCCUAUUUUUUAUGAUGACAUAAUUGAUCUAGGUGGAUCUAAUAGAUUCUUUAUGCCACGUGCACUCUCAGAGUCAUAUUCGUUUAGGAAUACGACUCUGAGAGGUGAUGACGAUGAAAUUAUAUCAAAUUCAACUUCAGUAUCAACACAUAAUAAUUCGUCACCAUCUUCACAAUUAUACCAUAGUGCAAAAACUUAUGUCCAAGGCCAUAAUCAUCACGAUCGUGAUUAUAGUGAACGUGAUCAUAGGCUUGUGGAUAACUGUGUGGCCGUGUUGGCAUCUUCGGAGAGCCCUUAUGAGGAUUUCAAGAAUUCCAUGCAAGGAAUGGUGGAUGCAAGGGUAAGGAACAACCAAAGGGUGGAUUGGGAUUUCAUGGAAGAGCUCUUGUUUUGUCAUAUAAAUUUGAAUGACAAGAAGUUACACAAGUUCAUACUAAGUGCUUUUGUGGAGUUGGUCACUGCCUUGCGCCAGCAGCCGGAGAAUAAUCCUCCGGCAACGGCUGGGAAGCCACGGAGCGUUCGAACGGUGAGAAGUGGAAAUUUGGAAGGGAGGUAAGGAAGAAGACCAAAGAGGUCAUGGUGGAAUUUUGGUCUGAUUAAGGUAAAUUUUUCAUGGUAAAAAAAAAUGACAAAACAGCAAAAGGUAUAAGAUUAUACGAGAAGAUUGAAUUCAAAGAAAAAAGUGUUGAGUAUUUUUCAUUUCUUUAGUUUUUAUGUAAUUUUUUUUCCAUUAUCGUAAUCAUAUGCAAAUAAGAUGGUUUAAAUUUUUAUGGCAAUCACCUAAUUAAAGAGAUUUAGCUAGCAUUGAAAAUUUGUAUUUAGGUGUAUUGCCAUAUUUAUGACAGUGGGAAUUUAUAUGUCAUUUCAAUUAGUCAACGCGAAUGGAUAUAUUCAAUAUCAACAAUGAUAAUUCAUCAUCAUUCAGAUUUUUUGUUAGGGAGACUAGCAUCUAUAUGACUAUAUCUCCUUUGUCUCUCUUUUGAGAUCACCAGAUAAAUUAACUAUUAAACAACUUCUAGUGGUUUGACUGAAAUAUUUCUUCAAUUUAGCUAAUAUUGUGUUGAUCUUAGAGACUAAACCAAAAAAUACCUAAAUAAUAAUAAUAAUAAUAAUUUAACAAAGCUAUGUCAAGGGAAAUAGGGCCAAAGAAGUUUCGCCAACGUUGUAAAACAACUACUCAAAAUUACAUUAAGAAUUCAGCUAUAAUAAUAAUAAAUAAAUUGACAGCAGCUACAAAAUUGGGAUAUUUAAACCGUUCUAUUUAAGAUUUUCCAUCUCUAUGAUCAAUUCCAACCCUAGGGUAUCUUCCCAUGAUCCCAAAGGGUGAAAGAAAAAAAAAAUUGGAUCCCUGUGCUCUAGAAAACUGUUAA